AUGUUCGCCGUGCCGUCGCCAGCGGAGAUGGACAGGGGGACCGUGUCCUCGCUGUGUCUCAGCAACCAGCCCAACAGGAAGUGCAUGCAGCAGGACAGCAACUUCAACUUCCUGGAUGGUGAGGGAGGGGAGCCCAGCCUGCUGCCUCGCUGCUCCCCCUCCCCCUCGGACAGUAACGAGAACCUGAACCAGACCAGGACCAGGCAGAGCCACCCUCUCCUCCUCCGAGCCUCCCUGCUGAGAGCCAGCCUGCCCGCCGUGCCCGAGGGGGAGGGAGAGGGGGAGGAGCAGGGGGCGGGGCAUGGUGGGGAGGCGGCCGGUAGCUGUAUCUGGGGCAGGGUGUUCGGAGGGGCUCACAAGGCACAGCUCCCCAGCCCUGUGAGUGUGGAGCCGGGGCAGGGCAGGGGGGACUCGGAGCCGGACUGGGAUCCCGCGGCGGAGCUGCCGGGCCUGCUGGGGGCGGUGCGGACCCUGCAGCAGGAGGAGCGCUUCAAGGCCCAGGAGAAGCAGCGGCACCAGGUCCAGCUCACCAUGUACCGGCGCCUGGCGCUGAUCCGCUGGCUGCGCAGCCUGCAGCAGAGCGUCUCCGAGCAGCAGGGCCGGCUGCAGCACAGCUACGACAUCAUCCUGCAGAACCGCAAGGAGCUGCUCGCUGCGGCAGGCAGGGGGCGCCGGUGAGCAGCAGAGAGGGGGCGGGGGG